AUGACAUGAAGGAGUUACAGCCAGGCUGGAUUCAGCUUGCAAGAGCAGAAGGAGCACCAUGUCUCCAUUAUUGUGUGUACGUGCACAUUCAUGCCUGGAAUGUAUAACCAUUGGUCUUCAUUGAUUUUCAGGGAGAGGAGACCAAAUCUCUCUCGUCACUUUUGAGAAUAUUUAUUUCAGAAGAUGUACUUGCGAUCACUUGCCAUGUCUGCUAAGGAGCAGCCACAAAGGAGACAUCUCCAGGAAAUUCCAGAUUUGGGCAGCAACAUCAGCACUAGUUUUACAUGGGCAUGGGAUCCCAGCAAGACAUCGGAGCUGUUCUCAGGCAUGGGAGUGUCUGCCCUUAAGGAUAAGCUAGGCAAUGAGAAUACCCCACAGGAGCUGCUGAUGUGCGUUGGCCCACCGCCCAAGCGCCAGAAAGUCAAAGACAAAGAAUUUGUGAUUGCUCGCAGGCCGAGGCUGCCUCGAGAGGUAGCAACAGGUAUUUCUUGGGAUACCCUGCCUGAUGAAUUGCUGCUGGGAAUCUUCUCGUAUCUGUCUUUAACGGAGCUGCUGAAAGUUUCCCAGGUUUGCCAAAGAUGGCAUCGACUUUCAAUUGAUGAGUCACUCUGGCAGACGCUUGAUCUUUCAAAUAAAAGUCUACGGCCAGGAGUGAUUGGCCAGUUGCUGCCUUUGGGUGUGAUCGCUUUCCGUUGUCCGAGGUCCUGUGUCGGGGAUCCUUUGUUUAAAACAAGCAGACCUCUUCAGGUACAACAUAUGGAUCUGUCCAGUUGUACAAUAAAAGUUACAGAUCUCCAAAGUAUUCUUGUCCAUUGCCAGAGUCUACAGAACCUCAGUUUGGAAGGACUUGAGCUUUCAGAUGAUAUACUUAGAAAUAUAGCACAGAACCCCAGCCUGGUGCGACUAAACUUCUCUGGGUGCUCUGGAUUUUCUGCUGAAGCAUUGGAGGCAACACUGAACAGCUGUACCAGGUUAGAAGAACUCAACUUGGCCUGGUGUGACUUCACAGCUGAUCACGUGAGAGUAGCAGUCAAUCACAUUCCUCCAGGACUAACACAGCUGAACCUUAGUGGAUACAGACAGAAUCUAUUGAUGUCAGAAGUUAAAACAUUACUCGAGAGGUGCUCCAAUCUAGUCCAUUUAGAUUUAAGUGACAGUGUUAUGUUGAAGCCUGAAUGCUUUCAGUACUUCCACCAGCUCACGUGCCUUGAACAUUUGGGUCUUAGUCGAUGCUACCAGAUACCUCCUGCAGCCUUACUUGAACUUGGCAAAAUUGCUACACUCAAAACUGUCCAGCUUUUUGGAAUAGUGACUGCAAGUUCCCUACAACUCCUCAAGGCAAUGCUUCCUCAUAUAAAAGUCAAUUCCUCCCACUUUACGCCUAUUGCAAGGCCCACCAUCGGCGGCAACAAGAACGAAGCAAUUUGGGGCACCCGGUGCAGACUGAGUUUGAGAAAUCCAUCUGGCUUUUAACAUGGCUUGCAAGUUAUUUCCAGUCAACAGCUGUGGUAAUUCCUCAAGGCCUGGACUGUGGAGUUCUUGUAAAGUUGUGUUUUAACUUUAUUUUGUAAUUUGUAGUUUGGUCCACAGCUACUUAAACUGACAAUCCCAUUGGCUUCAGGGGCUUAGAUAUAUAAGUGGUCUUGUAAUGGAGCUAUCAGUCAUACCACUUGUUUUUCAAAUGCAUUUUCUACUCUUUUUAUUGAAAUCUGUUAGACACGUUAAUCAUGUACAAAUAGCAACAUACACUCUGUUUCUGUAAACACUAUUUUAAAUAACCCAAAGCUUUUAGGUAUUAAACUGUCUAUGUUUUAA